CCACGCCAAAAAAAUAAUAUCCGAAACUCUUCCCCGAGCUCAAAAACACAGUCUCUCUCUCUCUCCCCCUCUGAAAACAAACCCUAACUUUCUCUCUCAUCGGUUCCUGCUGUCAAUGGUGUGAGAAUUAGGGCUACAGGUACUAGAUCGUGAAGGAUCUAUCUAGACUCAUAAACGCCGAGGCCGGAGAGAAUGGCCUCCACCGACAAGGAGCUUGAAGCGCAGCUUCUCGAAGCUGGGAAUCAACUCCUCGAGCCUCCGUCGGCCGUCGACGACCUCCUUCCUCUUCUCGACAGGAUUGAAAGUUAUCUAUCAAAGGUAGAACAAUCACCAAACAAGUCAAUGCAAGCUGCGCUUCUACCUUCACAGAAGGCAUUGGUUGCUGAACGACUUUUCAGGCAUUCAGAUCCUGAUGUCCAAGUUUCAGUUGCGUCUUGCAUCAGUGAGAUAACAAGAAUAACCGCACCUGAUGCACCGUAUGAUGAUGAACAAAUGAAGGAGGUCUUUCAGCUUAUUGUCUCUUCAUUUGAAAAUCUAGAUGACAAGUCCAGCCCAUCAUAUACAAAGAGAUUAUCAAUUCUUGAAACUGUUGCAAAGGUCAGGUCCUGUGUGGUAAUGUUGGAUCUUGAAUGCGAUGCGUUGAUCAUUGAGAUGUUCCAGCAUUUCCUCAAGGCAAUAAGGGAUUAUCACUCAGAGAGUGUUUUUUCAUCGAUGGAGACAAUUAUGACCCUUGUCAUAGAAGAAAGUGAAGAUAUAUCUUAUGAACUUCUUUCUCCCUUACUAGCCAGUGUGAAAAACGAUGAUGAGGACGUUCUACCAAUUUCUCGAAAGUUGGGUGAAAGAGUAAUCGAAAACUCUGCUAGUAAACUGAAGACUCACCUGGAACAGGAAGUGGAAACCCUUGGCAUUGCAUUAGGUGAUUACAGUAAAGUAAUAGCUUCAAUAUGUGAAGAAACAGCUGGUGACACUGAGCAGAAUGAAGUGCAUGAUGAUGGAGAUAUGGAGGACAAGUUGACAAUCCGGGGAUCUUCAGAAGAGGCAGUCCAGGCAGAAAAAGAAAACUCAACCGCAGCAGUUUCAUCUGAACAAGUUGAUCCUGUUAUUGACGGAUCGGAUAAGGUAAUUAUGAAUAAUGGUGGAGCAGUGACUGGAGAAGAUGAAUCUUUGGCUGAUUUGAAUUCUUUACAGAAGCAAGAGCAGGGUGAAGAUACUGAAGAAGUCAAAAGUCCAGAUACAUCAAAUGUUGCUGAACCUGAUAGUAUGGAGAUCGAUAAGGCUGUUGAUACAAAACAAAUGCCAGAAGAAGUUAGCAAGGAUAUGGAUAGUUUGUCAACAGCACAACCUGCAGAGAGUCCUCAAGCUGAUAAUGAGGAAGAAACAGAGGACCUUCUGGGCCAGAAAAUUGGCUCUGAAGAUGCUCCUUCUCCACCUCGUGAGGAUCCUGUUGUGAAGGAAGUUGUGCCUUUAGAAAAUGAGAAAGGGUCGGAUAUUGAUACCUCCAAUGCAUUGGAGAAGGAAUCAACUGAUGUUGCUCCACCAUCCCCAAGCGGGAGCCUUCCUGAUGAAAGUCGUCCCAGGAGAGCUGGACGACAUAAAAAGAAAAAUACUUCUAAUAAAGAAGCUACGGCUGUUGCUGAAGAUGAAUCCAAAAAGGCAAUUGAUGAAACAAGUGAUUCAGAUUUAAAAUCAAGUAAGCGGUCCGGAAAAAAACUCUCUGCCGGGGGUCCCAAUGAGAAUAAAAGUCCCACUGUGGUGGAUGCUCCUAAAAAGGAAAGUGGUGCAGCUAGUGAUUCAGAGGUGAAACAGAAGUCAGCCAAGAGGGUUUCUACUGGGAAUAAUAAGGAUAAUACUUCAGUUGUGGUAGAUGCACCUAAAAAGGAAAGUAGCAGCACAAGUGAUUCAGAGGCAAGACAGAAGUCAGCUAAGAAGGUUGAUGGAAAUAAAAUUAGUGAUGAGUCUUUUUUGAAGCAGCCAGAAGAUAAGAAAAAGGGCACUCGCAGUAAAGUUUCUUCAAGAAGAAGUUCAACAAAAUCCUCAGCCAUGGAAGUUGACAAGGAGAUACCAUUGACACCCAAGUCAAAACCAACCAAGGAUGAACUGUCAUUGGAAGAGACCCCUAAGACAAAUUCCAAGAGGAAGCGUCUUUCGGAAAAAGAAAAGCAAUCUGGUAUAAAAGAGUUUGAUGACACUGAGAUAAUCGGUUCAAAGAUAAAAGUUUGGUGGCCAAAGGAUCACAUGUAUUACAAAGGAGUUGUUGAUUCUUUUGAUUCUGGUAAAAAGAAGCAUGUGGUGAAGUACAAUGAUGGAGAUGAAGAAAUUUUAAAUCUUAAAAAACAGAAAUGGCUGUAUGUAGAAAGUGACUCUGAAUCAGAAGAGGAGCAGGAAGGUUAUGUGUCAAGUCACGAUGGCUCUUCUGAACUGCCCCUGAAGAAGAAAGCAAGAACUGAUCGUGAUGGCUCAACUAAGAAAGAAAAGACGGAGGCUUCACCCAAAUUGGGCGGAGGAGCUUCCUCCAGCAAAUCAAAAGGGAGAACCACAAAGUCUGGUCGUAAAUCUGAUGGCCGAUCCAAAGGUGAUACAUCUAAGGCUGUUGGCAAAACGGAUGAUGACCGUUUUGGAAAAUUAAAGGAUCAAACUCCAAGAAGUAAAGGUAAAUCAGUUGAUGUUGCUCAGAAGGCAUCCAGCAAGUCAAAGAACAAUGAUUCCCAAACACCUAAGAGUAGCAAAUCCAAGGAGGAUGAUAGCAGCAUCCAAAGAGCUUCAACCAAGUCCAAGCAAGACACUCUAAAGGCUGGAAAGUCAAUGCCAAAAACUGUUGCCUCCACUCCCAAGGGUAAAUCUCCUCAGAGUAGUAGCAAAGCCAAUGGCAAGGUGAAAUCUGGUUCAAAAGCAAGAGACACUGAGGAUAUGGAAGAGGACUCUACUGAUUCGGAGAAGGCACCAGAAAGGAGCAAGGGAAAGUCAGUAGCUUCAUCCAAGGCACAGGGAACCAAGUCUGGGAAGAAGCGUAGGCGAGGAGCCAGAAGUUGAUGAUUGGCGUAUCUUUCAAUUAGGUUUUGUCAUCGUGUUGGCAGGAUCCCCAGAUUUGUGGCUAGAAUUGGUACAUCCAUCGUUUGAUGUCUAGCGGAUGUCGGUUGUAGGGAUAAUCUAGUUUUAUUUAUAUCCAAUGUUAUUAGAGUAAAAUUAUUGUUGUUUUGGAGGCAACAGUAGAAGGUUUGGGUUAGCUCUGUUGAUUUUAUAGAUAAUGUUAGAUCUGCUGAUGUGCUGCCAGAGUACCAUAUUCUAAAUUUUAAGACUGUCCUGUGCUUCUCUGCAAUGUCGAGUGAGCCAGUCUAGAUUAGGGCCAACUUGGUGCAUGCUCAUGGUUGCAUCUGUCUGUCAUUUUUUUACAUUGUUUCCGAUGAUCGUUGUAGCCUAUGACUACCAUUUGUGGCUGUGCAACCUACGAGUUCACUGGUAUUGUGGUUUAAGAGUUGCCAUGGUGUUUGGUAGUCUGCAUGUUGAAUGUGCAUGGUGCUGGACUGCUGAUUCUACCUUUGUGUUGUAGAUGAAACUAGC